AUGGGUAAAAUCGCUGUCGCUGGUGGCUCGUCCGGUUUGGGCCGGACUAUGGUCGAUGCCCUCGAUGCAGCAAAGACUCACGAGUACAUCGUCCUAUCACGCAAGGCUACUGGUCCGGAGACCCGGGCUGUCGACUACUCUGAUAUCGACGCUUUAACUUCACUUCUUCAGUCAGAGCAGGUCGACACGGUCAUAUCCAUGCUUCCGAUCGAUAAUGACGACAGCGGGCAAGCUCAGAUGAAUCUCAUCGAAGCGGCUGAGAAGUCAACCUGUACUAAGCGAUUCUUGCCGAGUGAGUUUGGAAUGGUUUACACAAGAGAGAACAUCGCCCACGUCCCUUCUUACCAAUGGAAGCUCAAGGCAGUAGACGCCCUUGAAAAGACCAAUCUCGAGUUCUCCCUCGUCUCAAUCGGCCUGUUCCUAGAUUACUGGGCCGCGCCGCGCAUACCCACGCAUAUACGUGCGGCAAACAUAAUUAUCGACCCCGAAAAUAACGCAGCAGUAAUACCCGGAGACGGAAACACUCCUGUCGUCAUCACCCACUCCACAGACGCAGCAAAGUAUACCGUCGCUCUUCUCGAUAUCUCAAAUUGGAAGCGCAGAUAUGCUAUCGUCGCAAAUCGCAUGACUCUCAAUGAAGCGGUUAAGCUGGCUGAAGAGGUUAAAGGCGUCAAGUUUGACGUUCAGUAUUUCUCUGUGGAGCAGAUGAAGAGCGGUGAGAAUGAUUUGACUCCGAGUAUGAAGAAGGCGCUGCCGGAAGAGAUGCAUGGUGGUAUGAAGGCCAUGCUGGCCUUAUCAGGAAUAGGUAUGGCUACAGGAUCGAAUGACAUUCGGGGGAUUGAUGACUUGGUGGUUAAACUUCCAGAUAUUAAGCCUGUUACUGUUAGAGACGUCUGGGACGCGUGGAAAUAA